UAUUCAUUAGGUCUGACCAUUUACGUACCUUACACACCAUGCUUACCUGAAUAAGAACAUGGCAGCGUGUUUGUUAAAAUCGUGUCGUCUGGCUCUUCCUCGGGCACAGGGUUUUCUAUGUCAUGAAAGAGGAUUAUCUUCAAGUAGCAUUAUAUCCAGCACAGUAUGCUCAUUUUCCAGAAGACAGGCUAUAAAAGCAGUUUUGUCAAAUUCUGCCUGCAUUUAUCAAAAGACUAAAAAACUACAACGAGGCAUGAUGUCCAGCAGGAUCAUGGGGCGUUUGUAUUGCUCGUCAUCGGGAGUCUGUUGGAACUGUAGCGCUGAACUCUCGCGGUCUGCGACCUCCAGUGGAGGCCCCCGCGUCGGUGCUUUAUUUUGUGCAUCGUGCAAUAUGAUCCAGCCGCUGGAGGAUGGAUUGAACAGUUUUCAGAUUAUGGGAAAAGAGGAGAAGUUUGAUAUGGAUGUGCAAGAUCUGACUAAUAGCUUCAGGGACCUUCAGAGGCUUCUGCAUCCAGACAAAUUCAGCAAUAAAUCAGAGAUAGAACAGAGCUACUCUGCUGCACAGUCAUCGGCUGUGAAUCGAGCAUACAAGGUGCUUCUCAAACCACUGUCAAGAGGACUCUAUUUGCUUGAGCUCAGAGGGUUCUCGAUAGAGGAAGGGGAAAGCAACAUAGACCCAGUAUUCCUCAUGGAGGUGAUGGAAAUCAAUGAACAGAUAGCCGAUACUGAUGAUCUAGACACCAUCAGGCGAAUGGGAAAAGACAAUUCAGUGAUUUUAAAUGCCCAUCUUGAUGAACUGCAAGCUGCUUUCAAUAAAGCUGACUAUUCUGGAGCCCGAGAGACGUUGAUGAGGUUGAAGUACUAUGCCAACAUCGAUGAUAAAGUGAAGGAGAAGCUGGGCACCGACUGAGAUGCGACAACAGAGGAGACCCUGUCAGUCACAUCCAACCUUGUGCUUUCAAGUCAAGUCUGAUCUCUCAGGUUUAUUUCAUUUCUGGGCAAGUCAUGGCUAUUUGUCCAUUACAUUGUAUUUAUUAACAUUUAUUUCCCUCUCAACAGUACAAUAUGAAACACAAUGUAUAUAUAAUUUAUAUAUGUAACAAUGAUUUCAAGAUAAGAGUAUACAGUAAAUAAUUCAGAUAACAAAAGGAAGUUAAAACCUGAAAAGCAUAGCUUGAGUUGGGAAUGCCCAUAAUAAGUUAACACAGUUACUGAGAGAACAUUAUAAAUAUUAUUUUGAAAAUGACAUAAUGUAUAACAGAACAUUGAUAGGAAAAAAAAAAAAUAGUACAUUGCCAACUAUGUCAAAGGUUCAUGUUGUCAAAUAACUAUAAAUGUAUUAACAGUAUGCAAAUGAACUCUGUUGUCUUUUGGCUUCCUACAAACUAUGGCAUCGAAGAAUGAGCUGCAUACAGUGUAAAUAUGUGGGUGCAUAACUUUAAGACACCUGUUUUUCUUUGACAAUUUAUUUACUGUUAUUUAGAUAUAUGUUUAUAUUUUGUGUUGUUUAUGUACUUGAUCCGGACCCCACGGAAGACUAGCUUUCCCAUGUCAGGUAAGCUGAAUGUGGGCAAUCCACCGUAUCUCAUUUUUAUUAUGUGUUUUGUACGGAAAGAAAUACUACUACUACUACUCCAAGACCAGCACAGCAACCCUAGUACAUUGGUCUAACAUUAGACCUAGACCUAGUUUCAGCGAAACUUCUUCAAUAGCCUUGAUACGGUUGAAAGUCUACCUGCAUUUUCAACUUUUCAGAAAUAGAAUCACUUGCUCUGAGCUAGUAGUUCAGUAAGUCUAGAUCUAAGUUAGAUUUAGAUCUUGGACCCUAAUUUAACGAACAUUUAGGCUCUCCAAAGCAUUGAAAAUGUUCAUAACAAGACUACAUUACGAGUAGACCCUGAUCUUGUUAACCUACACAGGUCUUAAUAAAGCUAUGCACACAUUAAAUUUGUGGAAUGUGACAUAAUAUGUGCGCAAAAUUUUUAGUUGUGAAUGGAUCAUUGUAAAUUAUUACGGACGCUACAAAAAAAAAGUAAAAAUCUCUAUUAUUGUUCUUGAUCUAUUUAUCAUUCAAAAGAAUUGCCUAAGGCAAAUAUUGCCUCAAAACAAGCUCAAAAAGCACUACAUAUUAUCGUUUUCGAUAAAGAAAAUAAGUAAAUUCCAGAGUGAAAAAAAUAUAAGAUUUUUUUUUCUUACUGCUAAAAAUGUAUAUUAGCGUGAACACCUAACAGUUUGUUGUGAACUUGUGAUGGGUGAAAGUUAAUAAAAUUGUAAGUGUACAAGAAUAUAAGGAAGAAGAUCACAGAAGAGUCAGACAUUUUAUUUUGGGAUUGAUAAAAGUUAAGCAUAGA